GAAUGCGAAAGGAGGGGAAAUUUAAUUGGUAAAACAACUUCCGUCUCUAAAGUUAUCCUUUAAAUGUUAAAUUGUAACUGCAGUCGGGAAAGAGUCAUAGUACUCUAGCUGUUGUCCGCAAGGCUCAAAAUGAAUACUCUACUGAGCAGUGCGGCAAUUCUAUUCAGGAACUCCAAGCGCUCUUUGUUGUACGGUUCUAUAGCUGGAGUGACGGUUGGCUUAGAGGAGUUAGUGGGAAGUAUAGUCUUUGACUGUCCGUGUGAGGGAAACUUUGCUUAUGGAUUGGCUUUCCUUUGGAUUCCUGCUCUGCUCUUGUUUUUUGCCGGAAUCUUGGUUGACAGAGAUCUGUGGAAGUACGCCACAAUCUUUAAGAGACGUCAAACGAAAUAUCCGACCUACGGCUACCUAAACGCAUUGUUCCUCACACCAUAUGUCUUCAUAAGAGCUUGCAUCGCUCCAGCUGCCUGGUUGGUGCUGUCGUUUUUGCAGCAACAGUACUACACUUGCGCGUAUUUCGGCCCGCCUCUCGUUAAUAAAGAUGCCACGAAGUCUAAUACGACAGACCGAUGUCUUCGUUACUUUAAAUCCGAUACCCGCACGGAGCAACUUGAAGAAAGAUAUAAGGCCGAAAGUCAGAUAGUAGGUUGGUCUUUGCUGCUAACAGUUGUGUCUGUUUUCUUUACCUCAAUUUGUAUUCGUCGGUGUCUUAAAAAGGCAAAGCAGCUUGAAAUACCAAGCUUGGACUACUACCGCCAGAUUGAGGCUAGAGAAGCGCUCGUACGGUUCCAUGUUAAGGCAAAAGAGAUCGCCAAACAAAGCGCUGAACGAAGCGUAGAUAAGUUGUUCGAGAAGGUUGAGAGCAAAGAUUUUGAUGAGCGUAUAAAAGAAGUAUCUCAUGAUGUGCAUUACAGGUACGGAUUGUUCUUUAUUAUUCCAGAAAGUCCGGCUUUUAAAACGCCUGAGGUUGUAGAAAAACCGCCACAAUUUUUAUCGUGUGGGAUCGAUACCGUGGACAAUCGUCCAAGUUGCUCCAAAGGUGAUGAUCAUAAUUCACGAAAACUAUCGACCACAUGUGAUUGCCAACACAAAGAGAAGCAAGAAGUUUCGAAAGUCUCUCUUCAUCGCCAAAACGCUGUGAUUGACACACGGCAUGAAAGAGAAAAGUCAUCCACCCCUACUAAUUAAAGAAAGGUGACAGAAUAACACUGACAUUGACUUUAAUUAAAUUAGGGUAGAGCUUGUUGUCGAUUUGCUCAUUUAUCUCGGCCGUGAUUAGGAACCAUAAUCUCUGUAAAAAGUCAGGCUUCCUAACCAGUCUUUUAUAUUGUAUCACUAAGGUUUUAUCAAAUGAUUCGCCGGAUUUCGAAAAUUGGCCACCUAUGAAAAGAACUUCUAAAGAUGACGUUUCGAGUGUAAGCCCUUCGUCACUGAGCGAAUGGCGAAGGGCCAACGUUAGACAUGUCAGCUUUAGAAACUCUUUGCGGUGUCUAUUUUACACUAUCAAUUCAGUUGAUAAAACCUAAUUAUCUUUACAAUACCGACAAUUAUCUUUACACUUUACUCAGGAAACUCUAACUUAAUAUUUUACUUCUGAAAUGCAAUUAUAUGUAUUUUUUUUUGGAUCGAUAUA